AUGAUUUGGACUACAUCUCCCACUGAACAUUCACCACCAUUUCUGCCAAUAUCGCCAGAUCAGUUCGCUGAGGCACAUGACCCACGCAAAGACCUUUCACUGAACCCCAUGGUUCAUCUGGCUGAUCAAUCCCCAUGCCACGAGUUCACCCCCAUUCAAAAAGCAAUUCAAGGUGUUGGUGGGGCCCAAAACAGUGGCAUACUGAUUACCCUACAUAAUUCCUCUGGCAAAGUUUACAUUGAGAAGCGGAUUCCACUCCGUCUUAUCACACAAGGUGAUAUACGCCGUGAAGUCUGCGCCAUGCAGCAAUGCUCUGCACAACCACACCCUAAUAUUGUCCGGUUGAUAACUUUUGAGCUACAGUCUCCUUAUCAUAUCCCGCAUGGCAGUCUCUGGCUGCAACACUGCGAGCUAGGAAGUCUGGACGCGCUGAUGCUACGGUACAUGCGACGUGGCCACCAUCUCGCAGACGAGAGCUUCAUGUGGAAAGUCUUCUUCGGCCUUGCACUAGCUAUUGCCUAUCUACACACCGGAAGCUCGGAGCAGGACACCCGUGAGCGUGCGCAUGUUGGCAAAGGCGCAAAGAUGGUUGCGGGGUGGAAUCCCAUCAUCCAUCGUGACCUCAAGCCCUCCAAUAAAAUUUUGUCCCUUUUGGAUUGGUAUAGUUCGCCGCUUGUGCUCACAAAUGGAGCACUGCCAGUGACACAUCCACCCACAAGAGCGGAAUACGCCGUGCCGCUGCAGUCAGCCCCCGUGUACAAAGUCACUGUCAUUGUGUCAGUUUGCAAUUCUCCUCAAAAGCAGUUGAAAGCCAAAGUCUUGGCCUACCAGAGCAUCCAGCAGCAGCGCUCAAAGUGA